AUGACCGCACAUGCUGCCAAGAAGCUGAAGAUGGCGCACGAGUCGGUCGACGCCAGCGCCGACGUCGGCGCAGCAAUCACAACGACAAAAGACGUCGGCAGUGGCAGUAGCGAUGACGAAGACGACACGGGCUCGUCGGCGAUUGCUCAGUUCCAGAGCGAAGACGGCACUGCUGUCGGGCCGCAGCUGGAGAUCCCCAUGUCUUCGAGCACUCGACAGAUGGAGGAGCUGGUCAACGAGCUGCUGCAAAAUGGCAAGCACCGCGUGCCCUACUCGCUCUUUAUUGGCGAGACGGAGAUCACGACGUCGCUCAAAGAUACAGUGAAGGAACUGCAAUUGUCGGUGGAAACAGCGUUGACCAUCACGUUCCAGCCGCUGGCGAUCUUCCGUGUACGUCCGGUAACCCGGUGCAGUGACACAUUGCAGGGACAUGCAGAGGCUAUUUUGCACGUGAGUUUCAGUCCGGAUGGGAAGCGACUAGCAAGCGGAGGUGGCGACGCGACGGUGCGCUUCUGGGACACGAACACUUGCAUGCCAAAGCAUACGGGUCGUGGCCACAAGAACCACGUGCUGAGUACCGCGUGGUCGCCGGAUGGGGUGCGUUUCGCGUCGGCAGAUCGAAACGGAGAGAUUCGGCUGUGGGAUCCGCUCACGGGCAAGCAGAUCGGCCAGCCCAUGAAAGGCCACAAGCAGUGGGUCAACUCGUUAAGUUGGGAACCCAUGCAUCGCAACAGCACAUGUGAGCGUUUUGCCAGCUCUUCGAAAGAUGGGUCGAUCAAGGUGUGGAAUGCUCGCACAGGACGUUCCGUUGCUUCGCUAUCGGGACACACGGAUUCGGUGGAGUGCAUCAAGUGGGGAGGCGAGGGCUUAUUGUACAGUGCGUCUCGUGACCGUACAAUCAAGGUCUGGGCGAUGGAAGGUGAUCACGUGGGCAAGCUCGUGCGUACACUGAUUGGACACGGCCACCGUAUCAACACGCUGGCUCUGAAUGUCGACUACGUGUGUCGUUCGGGCCCGUUUGGCCACAAAAGUAAAAGCUUUGCAUCGCGUGAAGAGAUGCAAGAAGCGGCUCUGAAGCGAUACGAGGAGGUACGCAAGGGCCAGACGGAACGUCUGGUGUCCGGCUCGGAUGACUUCACGCUGUUCUUUUGGGAACCGUCGGAGAGCAAAAGGCCGUUGGCUCGUCUGACUGGUCACCAGCACCCAGUGAACCACUUGAGCUUUUCGCCGGACGGCCGAUACUUUGCCAGUGCCAGUUUCGACAAGAAGGUCAAGAUUUGGAAUGGUCAGACAGGGAAGUUCAUUGCUACUCUCACGGGCCACGUCGGUGCAGUGUACCAGGUGUGCUGGUCUAGCGAUGCGCGACUGGUCGUGACAGCAAGUAAAGACUCGACCGUAAAGGUGUGGGAGUUGAGCAAUUUGAAGAAUGCCAAGUCGACGCUGUCGGGUCACGCUGACGAAGUGUACGCUCUGGAUUGGAGUCCCAACGGUGACAUGGUGGCGUCGGGUAGUAAAGACCGCACGAUCAAGAUGUACCGCGCUGCGCCACUUAGGAAUCCGAUUAUGAAACGAUCCCGAGACCAUCACGAGGCGAUGAACGAGUUUGACGUGGGUCCAACGUCUUGUUCUCCGCUACCCCCAUGUGCCUCCAUGUCGCCCUGGAAACCACCGCACUCGUCUGUAAAGCGCUGUCGUGACCGCUCGGUACCCGUCGACGCACUAAGUCGCAUGAUGUCAGCAGCUGUCACUCACGCGCGGAUCAAGAAGCACAGCAGCAUCGGACAGCUGUUUACCGGCAAGCAACAAACGCCACAGACCUCUUGUGCCGUGUGCAAAGGGGCGCGGAAGGCUACUGCGAGCCAGCGGCCGAUCUGCGACAUGGCGCGCUGCGCCCAUUGCGAGACUAUAAUGGGCGACUGCUGUCGCUACGAGUGCGACGCGUGUCGCAGCGUCUUUUGCUCCAUGUGCUCGACAGUGAACUGUGACGAGCUCUUCGAUCGCGUCUUUUGUCUGUCGUGCAAUCAGGAGCAGACAAAGAGGUAG